GUCUGACACGUGACAACUGACAACAUUGUGUGAAAUGUCAAAUUUUAUGGCGGUGCGUCGCUUUUCUGCCUAUCAUUGCAGAUUUUACGCAAAUACUACUAAAAUUACGUGUAAACAAACCAAAAAAUCUUUAUUAGCGUAUCGAUCAAACAGUUCUAUAAAAGCUUCCACUAUAUUGUGCGCGCACGCCUCAAGUUCCCCCUUGAAUAUGAGCUUCGUGUACCCUGUGGCGCGGAGAGAUGAGUCCGUCAUCGACGACUACCACGGUACUAAGAUACAUGACCCCUACCGUUGGUUAGAAGAUCCGGACUCGAACGAGACCAAAGAAUUUAUAGAGGCGCAGAACAAAAUAACGCGGCCAUUCCUCGACGCGUGCCCCGUCAAGGCAGACAUUAGCGAGCGUCUCACCGAGCUAUGGAACUACCCAAAGUACUCGUGUCCCUUCCGCAGAGGGGAUAGAUACUUCUUCUUCAAAAACACUGGCCUGCAGAACCAGAAUGUGCUGUACGUGCAAGACAGCCUGGAGGGCGAAGCGCGUGUGUUCCUGGACCCGAACGCGCUGUCGGCGGACGGCACGGUGGCGCUCUCCGGCAGCCGCUUCACGGAGGACGGCAGCACCUUCGCCUACGGCCUCUCCGCCAGCGGCUCCGACUGGAUCACCAUACACAUCAAAGAUGUCGCCACCGGUGAAGAUUAUCCCGAAGUAUUGGAGAAGGUCAAAUUCGCCUCUAUGUCGUGGACAAAGGACAACAAAGGAUUAUUUUACUCUCGCUACCCGGAGGCGGCGGGCAAGGCGGACGGCUCGGAGACGGAGGUGAACCGCGACCAGAAGCUGUGCUACCACCGCCUCGGCACGCCGCAGGCGCACGACGUCGUCGUCGUAGAGUUCCCCGAGGAGCCGCUCUGGAGAAUAGACAUAAAUACGCAAAUGCGGGGACAAGAGAGACGCUCCGGCGCGGAGGUGUCGGACUGCGGGCGCUACCUGCUGGUGUCGCCGGUGCGCGACUGCCGCGACAACCUGCUGUACUUCGCAGACCUCGACAAGCAGCCGGAGAUCACUGGCUUGCUGCCCCUCACACAGAUCGUGCACAAAUUCGAAGCGGACUAUGAGUACAUCACAAACGAGGGCUCAGUGUGCAUAUUCCGUACGAAUAAGAACGCACCGAACUACCAGCUGAUCAAAAUCGACCUGCACGACCCCGCUGAGGAGAAAUGGCAAACUCUCAUACCUGAACAUCCUAGAGAUGUAUUAGACUGGGCGUCGGCUGUCGACAAUGAUAAGCUAGUAAUUCACUACGUCAGAGAUGUUAAGAGUGUUCUACAGCUGCAUGACCUGAAGUCUGGCGAGCUGCUGCAGACCUUCGAGCUGGAUGUGGGCUCCGUGGUGGGCUUCUCCGGCAAGAAGAAGCAGUCCGAGAUAUUCUACCACUUCAUGUCCUUCCUCUCGCCCGGCAUUAUCUACCACGUCGACUUCACCAAGAAGCCAUACACGCCCACUGUGUUCAGAGAGGUGAAAGUAAAAGGUUUCGACGCGUCGCAGUACGAGGCUAAGCAGAUAUUCUACUCCAGCAAGGAUGGCACCAAAGUUCCCAUGUUUAUUGUAUCCAAAAAGGACCUGCCUCGCGACGGGUCCCGUCCGGCGCUGCUGUACGGCUACGGCGGCUUCAACAUCAACGUGCAGCCCAGCUUCAGCGUGACGCGGCUCGUCUUCAUGCAGCACUUUGACGGCGUCGUCGCCAUACCCAACAUUCGCGGCGGCGGCGAGUACGGCGAGCGCUGGCACAACGCGGGCCGGCUGCUGAACAAGCAGAACGUGUUCGACGACUUCCAGGCGGCGGCGCAGUACCUGGUGGCGCAGCGCUACACGCGGCCCGCGCUGCUCACGGCGCAGGGCGGCUCCAACGGCGGCCUGCUCGUCGCCGCCUGCAUCAACCAGCGCCCCGACCUCUUCGGCGCCGCCAUCGUGCAAGUCGGUGUGCUGGACAUGUUGAGGUUCCAGAAGUUCACGAUCGGCCACGCCUGGGUGUCGGACUACGGCAGCUCCGACAAUAAGACGCAGUUCGAGUACUUGCUCAAGUACUCGCCCCUGCACAACAUACAGCCCCCGGACAACGGCAGGGCGGAGUACCCGGCGACGCUGGUGCUGUCGGCGGACCACGACGACCGCGUGGUGCCGCUGCACACGCUCAAGUUCAUAGCGGCGCUGCAGGCCGCCGCCGCGCGCAGCCCCGCGCAGCGCCGCCCGCUGCUGGCGCGCCUCGACACCAAGGCGGGCCACGGCGGCGGCAAGCCCACCGCCAAGCUGAUCGAAGAGCACACAGACAUCCUGUGCUUCAUGUCGGAGACGCUCGGCCUCAAGUUCGUGAAGUGACGUCACGAGCACCGACACCGCUGCAAAUAGUAUUAAUUGUAAAUAUACCAGGAAGCCGCAAUACCAGUCUGAUGACUACCUCGCGCCGGUGAUAUUGUUACGCAUUAUUACUAUUUUUUUAUUGAAUAAACAUUGUUUUUAUUUUCUAAA